UUCCAACGUAAAUGAGAAUCUCCGGAUGAAGGAAAUCGCGAAUCGCGAUCCAUCUGUUUCACUGAACAUUGAAACAAUUGACUUCGAUGAUUUUGGGGGGGACUUGUAUCCUGUUCCCGAGGCAACCCUAUCUAGUUUGAAUCUUGAUGUGGAUAAAAAAACGUUGAUCGAUGGUGUUUCCCCGAACACUGGCGUUGCAGCAAAAGGUUUAGAGCCUGCAGUGGAAGGAUGCCAAAAGUUUGAGACAAGUGACAUUAGUGAUUCUAUUCCAGGGCGUCCAGCCUGUGAUGGAGUGGAAGAGGAGUUAUUUCACAAGAAAUUGGAGCUCAAAGUUCAAGAGGAGAUGAAACGGGUGGAAGAUGCUAAGGCUACAACAUUGCAAAAUGACAAUUUGCCACCAGAGCUUAAAUGCUCCAUCUGCAACUCAUUUUUCAAGGAAGCUGUGAUGAUUCCUUGCUGCCAGCAUAGUUUUUGUCAGAAAUGCAUCCAUCAAGUGCUGCUUGAAAACGCAAGGUGUCCUAAGUGCUUUUCGGCCAAAUGCCGAAUAGAAGAUCUGUUACCAAAUGUGUCUCUUAGACAAGCAAUCGAGCAUUUUCUUGAAUCUCAGACUUUAACCCAUGGGUUGGGCAAUGAUUGUCAGCAAUAUGCCCCAGAUGGGGAAUCUGGAAUUCAAGGAAAAGAUAUCUCUUGUGGUAUGUCUGUCUUCCAAAGAGCGCCAGAGCUGCCUCAUUCUCCCUCCGAAACUGGGAGGGGUUCUAAUCAUGUGAUGGUGGAAUCGCCUUGUAAAUCACCAUUUAAAGUGAAUGCAUUGAAUGCCAAUAAUUUUCUCUCACACAAGAGGAAGCAAAUAGACAAAAUUCGACCUGGGGACUUGGUGGAUUGUGAUGAUUUCCAAGGGGAAAGCCAACCCAUGCGUGGGGAAGCUGAAUCUACAGUGAAGAAAAAGAGGGAAGACCUGGUUGAUAAUAAAGGUGGACAUAAGAACUUUGUAGACCCUGGAAGGCAUAAGAAGGGUGCCCGAAGAUGCUACAUGUGUGGUUCUCCAGAUCAUUUUGUUAGAGAUUGCCCAGCUGCUUUAAGUCCACGUCCUAUGCCUCAGACAGGAAAUGCUAUUUUCCCAAGGUCUAUGUCAGGUUUUAUGCCAUUUUGGGGUGCGCCUCCCAUGCCACAUGUCAGGCCCUAUGGAAGUCUCUAUGGCAACUGUGGGAUGAUACCCUUUAAUACAGGGAUACCUCCAGCUGCUCCUUUUCCUGUUCCUUCCUAUAUGUCAUCAAUGUAUCACCCCAUGCGAGCCCUUGGCAGAUGCAUGAGAGUGGGAGAAGUAGGACCUCCAUUGGGAACUAGUGAAGACAAUUAUGCAAGUCAUUCAGAGUUUUUGGAUGUUCAAGAACGUGAAAAGAGACGAAAGCUUUGGAACCAGAAUUUUAGGAGAGAACCGUGGCUUGCGGAUGACGAAAAUGGAGAUUUUAACAAGGUGUGCUUUGUUGCUGAGAAGGAAACAUCGUAUGAUCUCAAAGGUCAUAUAAGCAAGGAAAGGAGUCGAAGCUACUCUGAUGACAGUUCUACACAAAGGUCCCAGAAGAAAAGUAAUCAUUACAGCCACAGAGACGAUGACAUUCACUUGGCAGAUGGAUAUCCUCAGAAGAUUUCUCCUAGAGAUCAGAAGCAGAAUCAUCGCCCAGAGAGACCAAAUUCUGAAGUGGACGAUCUGCCAUGCAGCUCCGGUUGUCACAGCGAUGAGAGGAAAAGGCACCAUCAUAAAAGCUACAAAAAGCAAGAUGGAAAAAAGGAGCACGAUUUUUGUCAGCAUCACCCUCGAGCUAGAAAUGAAAAUGACUCUGGUAGAAAGAGAGUUGAGCAUGGUAUCAGAAGGCACAAUAAAAAACACCACUUCGCAGAAUCCGACUUGGAAGACGCCACUUCAGGUGAACAGAGGAAGCAAAAAAAAGAACCCAGUCAAAGUUCCAAACACUCCAAGCACAAUUCGGAGAGUAACAAUAUUGAGCCAAGUCACAGCAGGUGGCAAAUGGUCAGUGGAUCAGAUGAGGAUGGUGCAGAAGAAUAUCGGUACUAUAAGCGGAAAAAGGGACACUGAAGGAGGCAAGGGGCUGAUCCCCGAGCAUAAGAUGCGGACGCUAGCAAAGAAGUUUUGUGCAGCGAUUGUUUAUGCUGUGAACAUCUUUCUGCAGAGAUCGUUGUAAGUUGAAGGUAUGUUUCUUUCCACACACGCGCACACACAUUUUCUUAUUAGACCCUCGGAUCUGCUAAAAGUAGAUUGGAGUAGGAGAGAGGAAGGGGCAGGGAGAGUCAGAGACCCAAUUGAAAUUUUACUGAUCAAAUUAGUGAUAGAGGGAGAGAUUAAGAAGAGAGCUUCAAGGCGAAUUCAAAUUUCGGUAAUUGGCGCGAUUGGUUCCCAAACUUUAAAUUUGGCAAUUAAGUCUCCAACUCCUAAUUGAGUGACAAAUCUAGUCUAAUUGAUAACGUCCCUAAAAAAUCUGAGGGAAUAGAUCACGUGCCCCAUAUGUCAGUUUUUAUGGAACUUACUAAGUUCCUAUAAAAAGAAAGAGGGGAAAAAAAAAAGAAACAAAGAAACAAGUUCUUUCUCUCUCUUUCUGAACUACCAUACCAAGUUUUUGAUAAAACCCAGGACACUUAAAAAGCGUAAAACCGAAAAAGUUUGGGGGUGAUAAUGACGCCAAUAUUUGUCACUAAAUCAAGAGUUUAGGAUUUAAUUGUCAAAAUUAAAAGUUUAGGGAUUUACUUGUCGCUUACACAGUUUGGGGGACUAAUUACGCCAGUAUUACCCAGAAUUUUAUGGUGAUAGAUAGUCGACUGGUGUAGGAUUUUGUGGCUGUGGCAAUUGUUGGUUGUAGUUGGCGGUGGCACAAGUGAAACAGAUGAUGUGCGUUGUCGGUGGAAGGCGAUAAAAGGGAUGUGACCAUGUGAAGGCGCGGGAUUUCCUGUGGAGAAGGCGGGAAAAAUGGAGGCAUACAACACACGUAAUAUAACCCAAAAACAGAAAUCAGAAAUGUAAAAAAGGAUAGAAUUUUGGGUAGAGUACCUAUUCUUAUAGG